GCUUCUUUUGCUACCAUGCACAAAAGACAGUCACAGUGUCAAAAGUCUCAGGAAGUAACAGUAAUGUUUAUCCUACUUUUAGGCCUCAAGGCUACAGUUCUGCUUGUUUAUUCAUGGCUGGAGGCUCUGGUGAAAUUCUUCGUUCCCAAGAGAAGAAAAUCAGUCAGUGGAGAGAUAGUUUUGAUCACGGGUGCUGCACAUGGACUUGGCAGAGCAACAGCGUAUGAGUUUGCCAAACGUCAAAGCAAGAUGGUCCUUUGGGAUAUCAACAAGCAAGGUGUGGAGGAAACAGCUGAGGAAUGCAGAAAGCUGGGCACCACUGCACAUGCCUUUGUGGUGGACUGCAAGAACCGGGAUGAAAUCUACAGGGCUGCAGAGAAGGUGAAAAGAGAUGUUGGAGAUGUUAGUAUUUUGGUGAAUAAUGCUGGAGUAAUAACAUCAACAACGCUACUUUCCACGAAGGAUGCAGAGAUCCAGAACAUGUUUGAUGUCAACAUUCUUGCUCAUUACUGGACAAUGAAAGCAUUCCUACCAGCAAUGAUGGAACACAACCAUGGCCAUAUUGUCACAGUUGCUUCAUUUAGUGGACUUAUGGCUUUUCCUUGCAUGGUGACCUACAGCUCCACCAAGUUUGCUGCUGUUGGAUUCCAUGAAGGUCUGAAAGAAGAGCUGCGUGUUUUGGGAAAGGACGGGAUCAAAUCAACAUGCCUGUGCCCAGUUAUUAUGAACACUGGCUUUUUUAGACUGAAAAGUUUUGUAUUAUUUCCCACGGUAGAGGCUGAGGAAACAGCCAAAGCCUUGAUGGAAGGGAUACUUACUAACCAGGAAAUUAUUGUCUUUCCAUCGUGGAUGAAAUUUUCUCCAGCAAUCUCAAGAAUUUUGCCAAAACGUGUUUCCAACCUUUUCAGGGAUGUUGAAAAAGAGGCCUGUCAGAAACUGUUCUGAGGACGAAAACACGGG